AUAAUUAAAUAUACAAUACUAUUAUUCAGUUGUAUAUGCGCGGACAAAUGAAUAAAAGGACUCAGCAUGAAUCAGAUUAAAAAUAUUGGAAUACCUGAAAAUCCGAAGCAGUCUAACUUCCCAGGUGAAAAUGUUGCCGCAGUAAAGAGAACUAACCAAACAGAAAUCAAUAUCACUUCUACGAAGAAAAUUAAAUUGGACGGGACAAAUAAUACUGUUUGGAAUACAGAGGCCACAUUAAUGAAAAAGCCUCUUUGCGAUGGCAAUAAGGACGAUCUUAUUAGAACGGGGUUUAAGAGGGAAUCCGCAACAAAAACAUUUGCAAGUUUUCAAAACCAGGAUAGUGAAAUUUCAACAGAAAGAGGAAAAGCGGCCUUUAAUCCCAUUCGACAUCUGGGUAGGACUCUUAAUAACUCGUCGCCGUCGAGUCCCCUUAAUGCGGAUGACUUCGUUGUGGUAGCUUCGAGCUUAGCGGAUUGUAUUGAUGACAAAGAUUGUGAUAGAAGCAAUAAAAUUAAACAAGUUUCUGAAACAAAUUUUACUUUAAUAAAUGCCAGUGCUAGUAGCCGUAAAGAUACAAAUACAAAAUGCUCUGCACAAUCAGACUGCAAAGAUUCUGCGUUAUCGCAUAUAAAUCCAGAAGGUAGUUCAAACGAAAUAGAUCUGGUUAUGUUACCUUCUGUACAGGAUCAGAAGUCAAAUCAACAGUUGUCGUCUCUAACUUCUGAUAGUAAUAGUCACUCUGGGCCACCUACACGCAUUGUAACUUCCGGUACUAACAUAAUGCGCCAAGGUACAGUCACUUAUACCCGUAUAACCACCGCUGGCACCAUAUCUACCGGAUUACCGUCUACUGCAACUGUAUUAAACCGUAUGAAUAUUUCUCCAACUUUGAAGAAUCAGCAAGUAAUGGUGACAACUAAGAAGCUUGCGUCUGAAGUGACACAAACUACAGCAAAAGUUUCAAUUGGUAAUACCACAAUAUCUGUCCCAUUGUUAAAGCCCCUUAAUUCUUCGCAACUAAUGCAUCCAACAAGUUCAGGACACAGUGAUCCUCAAAAGCAAUCGCAAACGACAACGGCAACAUCGUCACAACCGCUUUCUACUCAAACUCAAAUAAAUUUGAGCAAAAUACUGAACGCAAAACGCGGCCAAAAGGGAAAUCAUCCAACAAUAGUUUCGCUCUCACAGCUUCAAAUCAAGCCCGUGUCAACAACAAAGCUUGUCCAAACCAAGGUUUUUAGUAAGAAACUACCACAAGUCCAGUGCACAGUAACUACAAAUUCUCAGACCCAUUCUGGUCUUGUGACCAUUGCUGUAUCGAAAGCCAAACAAAGCAUAGCGUUAACUCAAUCUGGCUCAAAGAAGUCCAAUAUAAGCCAAAAACAUGAUUCUAGUAGAGUUUUACUAAAUAACCCAACUUUGGAAGAGGCAUCCAGUGUACUAGAUAAGAAUUUUGGUAUGGAAAAUGCGGAUGCCGGGAAUGAAAAGUUGGAAAAAUCAACAUCCGAAUGUAAUGUGCUUGACUCCAAUAUUUCGCUAAAUUUAGGUUCAAUAGAGAAACCAUUGAAAAUCAUGUCUCCUGGUAUAGAUGAAAUAUCACUAAAUAAAACAACGGCCACCAUCAAAAAGGUUCUAAACCCAAACGUAAACAUCUUACCUUUGUUAACGCCGCUAUCAAAAAACUCCGAACAGCAAGGAGGCACAGGAAUUUAUCCAGCUGUUAGCAUAAUUAGGCAAACAGCACCGCAAUUAAUAACAACUUCAGCCACAACCACCUGCGCAUCCGUGUCGACAAGCGCGUCGGACACUAGUAUCCAAACAGAUUUCCAUAGUUCAAAGUCGGCAAAUGUAAAUAAUAUGUGCGGAAAGUUAAAUACCACUUCUUUAAUAUCGAUCCCUAAAAACAUUUCUUUGGUUUUAUCUAAAAACAACAUUAGUCAACAAGGUAAAGCAACAAUAAUGUCUGCGAAUUCUAUUAGAAAUGCAGGCACCAUUGACCAUAAGGUUAAAAAAAUUAAUUUAACUGUAUCGAGCGGCCUAAAUGUUACGGCAGUUAAUUCGAUUAAUAUGACACAGUCAUUCAAUGUCAGUAACACAUAUUCUACAGCAAUCCAAUCACAUUCGCAAGAAGCGAGCCAGAUUAAUAAAUCCACCGUUAUUUCCGUUGCAGUGCAACCUUCCAAUUAUAUUAAUUCAUCUGAUCAAACUUUACUAUCACGUAAAACUGUGAAAGUGACACCAUAUACAUUAUCUACACUGGGACAACAUUUAGAUAAGAGAUGCAGGUCUUCUGAGGGACAUGAACAGGAUAAUCGCCAAAAUGUAACUCAAAAUAUAGACGUUUUGCCGGCAAAACGCAGCAAACAUGAUAAUUCGGAAAGCACUACAGAUAUUUUUGAAGUUAUUGAAAAGAAAGAUGUUACUGAAAAUUCCCAUGGCUUGGGCGAAACGAAACCUGUAAUAAACAUGGACAAGCAUGGAAACGUUGAACUUAAUCAGCCGUCCAUAAUAGUUUCUAAGUCUGAGGAAUCAAACAAUGUUCUGCUAAAGAAGCUUCUUCAAAACUCCAGCAGCACGCACAAUGUCAAUAUUUUAUCCACAAAUGUGCAAAACCCAGCAAAUACUUCAACGGCAGGACAAAUAUGUAAUCAAGUACUCCCUGCCCGUAAAGUUAUCAAUGUGCGUGCACCUAGUUUGGGUUUAGUGAGUUCGCUGGAAGCGCAAUUGGCACGCCCGGUUAUACCUCCAGUUCCAGCAAACACUUCUGCGCAGGGUCAAACCAAUAUUUCCAAAUCGCAGAAGAGUGAUUCUCAGGAAGAGUUGCAAAAUAAAGUCAAUAACGAAAGCAUUACUUUACAAAGUGAUGCCAAAAUAAAAUCUAUCCAAGUUAUUUCAAAGGAAACCUCAUUCGUCUCCAAUCCAAAUAUAACACAGUUCUCAUUAGAUGACGCGCGUCACUCGAAAACAUUAGGCGCAGGUCAGGAGUCGGAGUUUGAAACGUUAAAUCAAAGCAAUCCAAUUAGUUCCUGUGAUAAAAACGAUGCUAGUAACAAACAAUUUCGAAACCAAUCUCACGAUGCUUCACCCAAAGAUAACAAUGGAAAUGACUUUAAAGAACAUGGAAAUGUACAGGGAAAUCAGUCGCAGUCUAGCCAAGCACGUACACCAACACGUACUGACAGCAUAAAAGAACAACAUUCGAACAACGAGCCGCCAUCCAUCGUAUCUGUAAAUUUAGAAAGAAAGGAAGAGACUAACAGCGAAAAUAUCUCAAACUUGGGAACAACUCUUCCGGCUUCAACGGCUGUGAAUGAAAAUCCUGAGAAUUGCGAAAGGCUAAAGAAUACCAGCAAAGGGUCAAAAACAUAUAAGAACAAUUUAUUAGACACGGCGGGUAAAUCAAAAACAGCAUUAAAAAACGAGAACGGCGGACAAAGUUCAAAUGUAUCUUCGUCGGUCACUUUAAAAAUUGAUAACAACGCUAGUGCAAAUGAAAGAAAAAUACCGACUGAAUGCAAUGCGCCAGCUAAUACUGCACCCGGGACUCAGAAGACAGUCGGUGACAAAGAUAUUGAAUCUAGAAAAAAACGGAAAAGAGAAUAUCAGAAGCACCGCAGACAACUCCUUAGCGGCAAGGAGUUUACAGCCAACACAGUAAACUCUACUUCAAGUGUACCUGGAACCAAAAAGAAGUCAAGAAAGCUGAGUAAAAUAGAGGAGGACUAUGACAACUUUAUUGACAAUUUAAUGGUCAAUUUAAAACAAAUGAAACCUCUGCAAGUUUUGGAACCUUUAUUAAAUAGAAACUUCAUUGUUUGCAGUACUUAUGGACUAAAUAGUAAUCUUCCCCGCGGUGUAAAUAGUAAAGAUAAUGGAGAUCUUUCUCUUAGUCCACCGCUUUUGGGAGAGUACGGCAAUGCGCAUCGUUCCAAUGCAGUCACUUUGUACGACUCGGGAUCAUUUUAUCCAUCCGAAAGCAAUAAGGAAAAACAGUUGUCCACGAUACAAAAUGAUUUUUAUGACCAAGAGUUCUUGCCAAAUAUGCGAAGUAAUUAUUACGAUCGCUUCUUACGAAUAUGGGGCUUUAUGAAAGAGCGUAACAUUGAAUCGUCAGAAAUUAUCACGAAUAGUUGUGUCAAUAAUACCGACACAGCGGACGCUGUAGGAGAGAAAUUUAAUCGGUACUCAUUACAUCAAUUUAUUUAUCCCGGUUUGGUGGUAAUGAAUAAAAACAGUGAUCAUUAUUUGGGCCGUAUGUCUCCAAGUAUACCGUUUAUCGAGCCAACAUUUAAUGCCAAAAAGAAUUGCUUUUUAAAACCGUUUCACAAAAUUGACGACAUUGAAAAUGUAAAGCAUUCUAUUACAACAGCAAGUGAUGUAAGGACAAAGUGCGACGAUGGCAACAAUCGAGGAGUUACGUUAUCUGUACAGUUAUCUGCUGUUAAUAAUAUAUUUGGUGUGCUCAAAGACUUGGCAAAUUUAUUGCAUAUUCCAGCGCCUUCGAUGUAUAAAAUUAUUGAUACACCUACAUUUAAUUUAUCCCGCGAUCUUUCACCUAAGAAAAAUAAUAAUUUAAUAGCUAAAAGUCAAAUAAGUUUUCAGCAAGAUAUUAUCUGCGGUAGAAAGAAAGUAUGCUACAAUUGUGGAACCUCGGUUUCAGAGGUUGGAAUUCAAGCAUUUAAAGUUCCUUUCUGUGAUACAAAAGGAGUUCCCAAUUCUACUUUUCCUCCGAAUUUGGAGCCAAUGAAGUUGCAAUUCUGUGACAAAUAUUGUUAUGAACAAUAUAAGUGUCCUAACAAACCACAAAUUGCAAGUUUGACACCAAAAGUGGAAGAAGUACCAAUGAAUGUUGAGCAAAAGUUUAGUGAUAAAAAUUUGAAUGUAAUCAGAACUAAUGUAUUACAAAGUAAUGCUGUUAAAAAGCACGAAAAAAAAACUUGUUACAAGCACUACAAUGAUAACUGUUUUAAAGAUGUGAAAAAGAAUUGUUGUAUCGCUGAAAACGAGAUAAAAGGUUCUACUAUCUGUAAAAAAGACACAUAUUCGGAAGAAAACUGCGAACAAAGUGGAUUUGCUGGCUGCGUUUUAGAUAGUCCUUUUGAAGAUAUUCGUCACUGUGUUUUUUGUUAUCAACGUGGAGAUGGCGCUCCCAAUGGACCGUCACGAUUACUAAAUUUCGAUAUCGAUAAAUGGGUACACUUAAAUUGCGCGUUAUGGUCCAGCGAAGUUUACGAGACUAUAAGUGGAGGUCUUAUGAACUUUCCAGCAGCUUUACAUGUGGGACUCAAUCAGUCGUGUAGUGGUUGCCAACAACUAGGCGCAACUGUGCGAUGCUUCAAAAAUCGCUGUACGCAAGUUUUCCACCUACCGUGUGCAAUAAGAGAGAAUUGUGUGUUCUACAAAAAUAAAACUAUACAUUGUCAGCAGCAUGCAACUCGUUUAGAAAAGGAAAACGAACUUACAUCUCUUAUCGUUCAAAGAAGAGUAUUCGUUGAACGGGAUGAAAAUCGCCAAGUCGCAACUGUGAUGCAUCACUCGGAAUUAACAAAUUUACUUCGAGUGGGUACUUUAAUCUUUUUGAAUGUCGGACAAUUACUUCCACAUCAAUUAGAAGCCUUUCACAAUAUGGAUCAUUUAUACCCCGUAGGCUAUAAAGUUAUUCGUUUCUACUGGUCGAUGAAAAAACUAAAUCGGCGAUGUCGAUAUGUAUGUUCAAUAGCUGAAGUUGCUGGUCGCCCUGAAUUUAGAAUUCAGGUUCAGGAAUCCGGAAACGAAAUCGAAUUACGUGACUCCUCGCCGAAUGCUGUCUGGAAACAAAUUUUGACACCGAUUGCAUCCCUGCGCAAAAGGACUAAAGUUAUACAGCUUUUUCCUCAAUUUAUAUCCGGAGAAGAUCUUUUUGGAUUAACCGAGCCUUCUGUGGUUCGAAUCAUAGAGAGCUUACCGGGGAUAGAAACCUUGACGAACUAUCGCUUUAAAUAUGGGCGUAACCCUUUGUUAGAGCUUCCCCUUGCAAUAAAUCCCAGUGGAGCUGCGCGCACCGAGCCCAAACAGCGGCAAAUCGUUGCUUGGAGAAAACCACAUACGCAGCGUACUGGCUCUACCGCGAAUCAGCGCAUGGCGAAUUCCACAACAUCUACAGUUGCUGGAGAAAUAGCUUGUCCUUAUAGCAAGCAAUUUGUCCACUCUAAGAGUUCGCAAUAUAAAAAAAUGAAACAGGAAUGGAGAAACAAUGUGUACUUGGCAAGAUCGAAGAUACAAGGACUUGGUUUAUAUGCUGCGCGAGACAUAGAAAAACACACCAUGAUAAUCGAAUAUAUUGGGGAAGUUAUUCGCACCGAAGUUUCAGAAAUCCGGGAGAAGCAAUAUGAAGCAAAGAAUCGAGGAAUCUAUAUGUUCCGUCUGGAUGAGGAUAGAGUUGUUGAUGCUACCUUAUCAGGAGGAUUAGCGCGAUAUAUUAAUCACGCUUGCAAUCCGAAUUGUGUAACGGAGACUGUUGACGUUGAUCGUGAACUUCGGAUUAUCAUAUUUGCUAAGCGAAGAAUCAAUAGAGGUGAAGAGCUGUCGUAUGAUUAUAAAUUUGAUAUCGAAGACGAUGCUCAUAAGAUAUCUUGCAUGUGUGGUGCCCCUAAUUGUAGAAAAUGGAUGAACUAAGCGGCUAUUUUAUUUUAGUAAAGAAUAUUAUGCAAACUCAUAUCAAUAUUAUAUAAAUUAAGAAGAAAAAAUAUUAACUUUAGCUAGUCUUAAGCGAAUAUAUUUAAUAUCUUACUUCGUUAUAUAAUUAUAAUAUUAUAUUAAGUUAAAGUUACGUGGAUCUUUUUAUCCGUGCAUAAAUGAAAAAAUUUAAAUCCG